UAAAUUAUUACUCGCCAGUGACAUCAAGCCAGGGACACUGGCUUUAUCCAAAGUUUCCAUGAAAGCACUAGAAGAUUUUCUUUUUCAUUCUCGUUUUAAGGGUAUCCCAAGCAUAGCAAAGGAACAACAACAAUUAGAGGAAAACGAAAUUCUAUUAAAAACUUGCAAACUUUCUCGUGAUCUUCUACAUGACCUACGACAUUCCAACAGAGAAGGCAGAGCUAUAAAAAAUGUUCUUGUGCCUGUUGGUGAAACUAAUCUUCAGAUGAUUUAUCCAUCUACUGGUGCUUAUGUUGAAGGUGAAAUGGGCACAUUUCGUUGUCCCCAAGCUCCGAUGACAUUAUUGAUAGAUGGAAAAGAAAAGCUCCAACAGUUGAGCGAAGAACAGAUUGCCGAGCCGACUUCAGGCUCUUCCUCUAAAGUUGGCUGCAGCAGUUUGAAUAACAAGAUGCUUACGGUUUUAAAUGGCUUACGCAGAGAGUUUGAAACAUGUAGUACUCUGCUUGUCGCCUUCAUGCAAUCACAGGUAAAAGUCCCACUAGUGAAAGAAAACAAAAAUAAAUAUGUGGACGAAAAAGUCAACAUUGCCAAUACAUUGGGACUUUCGGUGUGGGGAUUGCUUACUACACCGUUUAAGUAUUUGAAUAACAUCACUGACUUGUCCAAAAAGUUUGGUCAAUUAGCUAUCGAAUUCACUCGCCACGCGGACAAUUGCUUGGAGUAUGUAUUUCCAAGCAGAGAGUGCCAAUUUCCUGACUACGACCAAAAGUUAAAAUUUCUUGUUGGUAGCAUGAAGGAAGGAGUUAUAUACAACGAAAGGUAUAUCAGUUAUUCUCUCGAGCGACAGCUGCAAGACCAAUGCAAAAAAAGGAACAUUGAUCAUAACACACCCGUUAGCGAUAUCCUCCAACAAUGGAAUGCUAACUUUGAGGAAGAAACUUUGAUGCUAGUGCCAGAUGAGUAUCGGCAACUAGUGGCACGAUGGAUCAGAUGGUCCUUGAUGAUCAACAAUGUUCGAGAGACUUUGGCCAGUCAAACUGCUAUCGGUGUUGUGGGACUUGUUAAUUCAGGAAAGUCAAAGCUCGUCAGUUCUAUUUUCCCCGUCAAGACGGUGAUUGGGACAACCGAUCGAAAACGUACCACCGUUCCGUUAAUUUACAACUUGCAUGAACAUAUCAAAGGUUUGGACGUCGUUGAUUUUCCUGGUGUGGAUGAUCGUGAUGAGUCAACUCCCGAAAUGGCAAAAUUGUUGUUAAGUUUAACUCGGAUUGUUGUGUUCGUGGUCGAUUACAGAAAGGCUCAUACAGAAUCAACAAAACAAUGGCUUUCUAUACUUGAGGAAGAAAACGUUCCUGUUCUUGUUUGCCUUACAUUUGCUGACAAACUUUUUGCCGAACUAUGGGGAGACAAUUGUGAUAAUAAUAUAACCACAAUAAGAGCUGAAAUGCAUCGUGAACUGGAGAAAAUCAAAAGCAAAAUUGGGUCGUCAGAAAAAAGUCAUCAGCGUGACUUUACACUAGCUGUGUUGGCUUUUAACAACGAUUCCAAACUCAAUUCUGACGAGGGGAAAGAAAAGUUACGUCAAGUUGGUCUUAGUGAUGAAUUAUACGUGGGUCAUUGGAUUGCAGCGAAAUUAGAAGAUCAAUACGAAUCACAAGAUCUCUCACAAAAUCUCCUCAAAUACUUACGGGAAAAGAAAAGCAGCACGUUAAAGUCGCAUUCAUGCAAACGCACAAGAGAAGAGCAAAAAGAAGAAAUUGUGAAGAAACCCAGAAAUGAAGUUUAGUAGGCGUAUUGUUUGUAUAAUGCUUGAUUGUAAAAUUAUCAUUUUUGGCAGUUUUUUGUUCUUUUAUUUUUUUUAAUACUUGUCCACAUGUAUGAAUUGUUCCUAGUUAUAUCAUGAUAAAUCUCGCUUUAGCUCAAACGAAAAAAGUCAACUCUUUUUUUUUAACCACACGUUAACAAUGUUAAAUGUCAGAUCGUAGCUAACGAAAGCAGUUUGUGGUGACCAGUAAAGUUAAUUUAGUAAAGACACGUUUAGUGAACAAGACCUGCUAUGUAUGCAUACUACAGCUAUUUUUUAUGAACUUGCCAAUUUUGGUAUUUAUAGUAUAAUCGAAAGUUGUUUUGUGUGAUAUUGUGUCUUAUCAUACGAGUAUUGAAAUUUAUGAGCAACAAAGCGGUGAAGUAAAAAUGAUAUGCCUAAAAUUUCCGAGGACCUGAUUGUAUAUAUCAUUUUCUUCACUAGUGAAAAACGUCGUAUCUGCAUUCUGGUUGCUUAUAUCAUUUUUCUCACCAGUGACAAAAUGCAUCCAAGUUUUACCGCGAAUGAUAAACAGCAUUAAAAUUAAAGAAAACAAAA